AUGAGUUUCGCCGGCAUGCUGCACAAGCUGGGCGGACAGCCCGAAAGCUACGAGAAAAAAUCGAGAUACAAGUUUGGCAAGACUCUCGGCGCCGGGACUUAUGGCGUCGUCCGUGAGGCUGACGGCCCCCAGGGCAAGGUCGCCAUCAAGAUCAUUCUCAAGAAGAAUGUCAAGGGCAACGAAAAGAUGGUCUAUGACGAGCUUGAGAUGCUACAGCGACUUAAGCACCCGCACAUUGUCAAGUUUGUCGAUUGGUUCGAGUCAAAGGACAAGUUCUACAUUGUCACCCAGCUUGCCACUGGCGGCGAGUUGUUUGACCGUAUCUGCGACCAGGGCAAGUUCACAGAAAAGGACGCGUCCCAAACGAUCAAGCAGGUCCUUACAGCUGUCGACUACCUUCACAGCAACCAAGUCGUGCAUAGAGAUCUGAAACCCGAGAACCUGUUGUACGUUACUAAGGAUCCCGCUUCCGACCUGGUUCUUGCCGAUUUCGGCAUCGCAAAGACUCUGGACAGCAAGGAGGAGACUCUCCAGACCAUGGCUGGCUCGUUUGGCUAUGCCGCCCCCGAGGUCAUGAACAGAGAAGGCCACGGCAAGCCCGUCGACAUGUGGUCGAUGGGCGUCAUCACGUAUACGCUUCUCUGUGGCUACUCGCCCUUCCGCAGCGAGAACCUCGCCGAUCUGCUCGAGGAGUGCACGCAGGGCUCCGUCGUCUUCCACGAGCGCUACUGGAAGGACGUCAGCGAGGACGCCAAGGACUUUAUCCGAUGCCUCAUCGUUCCCAACCCCGAGGACCGCGCCACCAGCCAGGAAGCCUUGAGGCACAUCUGGCUUAGCGGCGAAAACGCCACCGAGCACGACUUGCUUCCCGAGCUGCGCCGCGCCAAGGAGGCCCGCGCCAAGCUCAAGAAGGCCAUCCUCGCCAUCCAGCUGCAGAAGCGCAUCGCCCGCCUCCGCCACGAGGCCGGCGACGGCUCCGACGACGACGACAACGACCUGCAGGAUGCCGCGCAAAACGUCGAAACCAGCGGGCUCGCCAAGGCCUUCUCCGGCGUCAGCGUCUCGAGCGGCGGCAGCAGCAGCAGCAGUGGCGACUCCAAGAAGCCCUCCCUCCGGGACACCGUCAAGAGCGGCGCCGUCUUUCGCGAGGUCGUCCUCGCCAAGGUUCGCGAGGAAAAGGCCAAAAAGGAGGCCGCACUGCAGACGGACGAGGAUCUCGUGCAGGAGGCCCGCCGUCGCAGCUUCAACGCGCAGAGCUCGUGA